AUGUCCUCACGGCGCAGCUCAUUUCGAAAACGACAAAAGCCUCCUUUCGAACGAUUCAAAGAUAGAUGUCGACAAUUUACAGCUUUUAUGUUUAGUAAUGUCGGCAUCAUACUCCUUGUUAUAAUCUAUACCAUUGGAGGUGCCUUUAUUUUCCAAGCAAUCGAAUUAUUCGAAUACGAAAGACUUAGCACACAUAAAAUUAUAAAGCCUAACAUUACGGGGAAGUGUUUGCAGAAGAUCUGGGAUAUAACUGUAACAAACAUAAGUUUCUUUGACAACACUUAUUAUAAGGAAAGAGUAAACGAAAUUUUACUGGAAUUCCAACGUGAGAUUGCACAUGAAAACUUGAUUGAACCAGAUAUUGACAAACAAUGGAGCUUCUCGGGUGCCUUCCUCUAUUCACUAACCGUUAUAACAACCAUAGGAUAUGGAAAUAUUUCACCGAAAUCGGAUUGGGGCAAAUUAGUCACAAUUUUAUAUGCAAUAAUUGGUAUGCCGCUUUUCCUUUUAUACUUAUCGAAUAUAGGCGAUGUUCUAGCUAAAUCUUUCAAAUGGAUUUACUCCAAAGUUUGUCUAUGUCGCAUUUGUCCGGGUGUUGCACGACGUCGUAUCAUACGGGAACGAAGAAAACUGCGUCGGUUGGCUAUAUCUAAAGCGCUUCAAGACAUGGAAAGCCGUCGGGAUACGAGUAGCAGCAGUGAUAGUCGAAACAGUAACAGCUCAUCGAGCAGUUACUACAGUGACGAGACUGAAACUUCGACACAGAGCAUGAGUGCGUUGGAAAACUUUGAAGUAGAAAAUGAUUCCGAUAUUGAAAGAGAAAUACGAAUGAAUACUGACGAAAUCACUGUACCGCUAAUGGUUUGCGUAGUCAUUAUGAUUAGUUAUAUAUUAGCUGGAGCUAUUUUGUUCAGCCGUUGGGAGGCAUGGGACUAUUUGGACGGCAGCUACUUUUGUUUCAUAUCAUUAAGUAGUAUCGGUUUUGGGGAUUUGGUGCCAGGUGAACGGGUGAUUACUGCCGAUAAAGACAAAGUUGAGGUUAGUUUUAUACUUUGUGCUGUCUAUCUCCUACUUGGUAUGGCGCUUAUUGCUAUGUGUUUCAAUUUAAUGCAGGAACAAGUCAUUCACAAUGUGCGCGCCAUCAAGCGAGCUUUCAAAUCCUGCUUCCGUUGCCGAAGAUGACAUUACAUAAGACACAUUUGUUGUAUGUGUAGUAUAAUAAAUCGUGAUAUUAAGUCGAAAAUAGGUCUAGC